AUGGCGACCGCCGGGGCCUCGCCCUCCCUCGGCGCGGCGCGCGGGGCCGGCGCCGCCCCCGGAGGCUUCGGCGCCGCGGCCGCCCCCCGGCCAGCCACCCAGGCCGCUGCGCAGGGAGGAGGCCUCCUCGCGGCUGCAGAGGAGAGGCGGGCGGCGCUGAGGGGCGUGGCGGCGCUGUUCCAGCAGCCGGAGGCGCUGGGGGUCUCCAGCGCGAGCCUGCUGCCCCUCUACGGCUUCGACCUCCGGGGCGCCGAGUUCGAGCCCGCGGUGCUGCGGCGCCCGCGGCCCGCCGUGGGCGGCCACGGGCACAGGUCCAACCCAUUCGACGAGGCGCCAAGCGGGUGA